GAUGCUCGCUGACCGCCUGAAAUAAACCCACUGUGAAAAACUACAAGUUAUGGAGGACCCUUACAAAUUUGAGCGACACGUGUACAAAAACGCUUCGGUCUACCAUUACAUGAAGAUCUCCCUAGUUUUGGAAAGUGGACACAAAUCUAUUAACGACGCACAGUUCAAACAACUGAUUAUCUGUGGACUGAGAGACCUGUACGGAGAGAUCGGAGCUGCUUUUCCGUUCGACCUGCUCAAGUUCGAUCAGAACAAGCUGACCGGGAUACUGCGAGUGUACAACAGCGGUCUGGUGAAACUGUGGAGCGCACUGACGUUACUGGGAUCUCAUCAACAUGAGGCAUGCGCGUUCAGAGUCACCCAGGUGUCGCCGUUUUUGCUAGCGCUAUCUGGGAACAGCCGCGAGCUGCAGACCAACUGACCAAAAAAAACAUCCUUUUGGAAAAUGGUGUUUUUUCUCGGAAGAAGCGCGUUCGGCGGAAAUGUGUCCCGUUUUGUCCACUCU